UAUCGAUCUAAAUAUAUCAGUCCUCUCAAUCUUCAAGAAACAUCAUUGGUUCUGAUACUAACAUUACAUAUCGGUAGCAUUGUCUAUUUUGUAUAUUAAAUUCUGUAUGAUUAUAUGUGUUUUGGUGUGAUAGGUAUGGAAGCUCAUGAUCACCUGUCUGCUUUAGAUGACUCCAAAACCAGUUGGACUUUGAAGGUUCGUGUCACCAGAAUAUGGCAGACGCGUUAUGGGAAUGGUUUCGUCGACAGGCAUAAUCUCAUUCUUUUGGAUUGUUUGGACAAUCAAAUACUUGCUAUUGUCAAUCCUGAUUUAUGGCAAAGAUUCAGCAAUGUCUUAAUGGAAGGACGUAUCUACACAAUUGUCAACGUGUUAGUGAGGAAUGCCACUGUCGAUUUCAGACCAGUGCCAAAUUCAAAGAUGAUCUUGCUUACAAAUUUCACAUCUAUCACUCCUCAUGUACACGACACCGGGAUGAUAGCUCGGCACAAAUUCAAUUACAAAACAUUGCAAGAGCUGGAUUACUUAGUUGGAAGAGAUGGUCAGGAAAAUUACCAUGCUUUAUCCGUUGAUGUUAUUGGUCUUCUGGAGAACCUUCAGCCUUUGGAACGUGUACAAGGCAAGGAGAGUUUAAUAGAUGUCGUGAAGUUUAGAAUUUCUGAUGGAAGUAUUUUGCGCAAUGUGUAUAAAUGGGGUCCUAUGAUUGAAGAAUUGAAUCAAGUGAUUAACGGUGUAGUUGAAAGACCAGUGGUGGUUGUGUUGGCAGGCUUCAAAGUAUCCAGAGAUAUUGACGGCAAUGCUCGGCUCUCCAGCAUGGAGUCUUCUAGGAUUUAUGUAAAUCUUAAUCACCAGGAUGUUUUCUCCUUUCGAAACAGGCAUAAUUGAGUUUCACAUCGUAAACCUUUUCAUUUUUUUUUUUAAAUUGACUUAUUAUUUUAGCUCUAAUUCUCAUUCAAAAUGUCUUGCUACAUACAGGUUUGGCUAGGUGUUUUUUGGAAUCCACAACUUUGCAGCAACAAAUAAAGUGGGAAACAACUGUUUUCGUCUUAGUAUAUUAGCACAAGUAGCUUAUUCAUCGUAAUUUUCAUUCCGUUAUUCACAUGAACUCUUUUUCAUAUUUUUGGACUUUGGUUCAAGUUAUGCCCUUUCCUUCAAGAAUCUAUGUACCUUAUUUUUGCAUUUUUAUGAAUUAUUUAUUUUUAUUA